AUGACCGACGUCGAUGCCUUUCGAGAUGCGGAGUACAUCGCUGACGUGUCUGGCAUUGUCCUCGAUGAUGCAGAGCCAGGCUCGUCUGCGCGCGGCAGCAACAGCCGCGUGAGGAAACUCCAGUCCUCCGCAAAGAUCGCCUUCAUUGACCGACUGCUGCGCGAUCUGGACAUUCUGAUUUAUUGCGAGCUUUCAGCGUUGUAUUACAUGGACUGCUCUGUGGUUCUAUUUGCCAUUCGCGCCAUAGUUGAACUGAUAUUCUUCACACCGAAAGCGCCGCCAUUCGACCCAACGCGAAACCAACCCUUUGUCGGCGCCAUCAUAGCCAGCAACCUCUUUUGUAUGACCUUCCACGCCUUCUUCAUUCGACCCGAAGCCGGCGAAAGCACGCGCGGAUACCUCCACGGCGGAUUGUUCAUCGACUUUAUCGGACAAAAACCAGUGCCCGUAUUGCGACUUCUCUUAUUCGACCUAUUGAUCUUCCUAAUUGAUUUCGUCAUGCUCGCCUUGAUCAUUGAGCGGGUCAAGACAGUAGGCAUGACGCCCACACCAUCCACUACUACAAAUACAGAACCGGUAUCUGAACAGCAGGACCACGACGCAGAGGAACGAGGCGUCGUACGAGAAACCGAGACCAUGAGCCCAAUUGACACGUCGGACGCAUUACCAGUCGCUGAGAUCGACGAGGAUGUGAAUAAUGAACGAACGACACUCUUAGCUGAUCCUGGCGAAAGCAGUUCUGCACAAACACCACGCGGAGGCCACCCAUUAGACUCGUAUUCGUCGGGCCAGGCCACGAUCUUGGAAAUGGGUUUCUUCAGUACGGUACGUGAUCAAUGGAAGUACUCGACGACACCGCGACGACCUACGACGGGCUACGUGCCCACGCCCGAGACAGCAACAUUUCUUCGGCAACGAUUUGGACUGCAAGUUGGGACCGAUGGACGGAUUGUUCGAGUGGACCGAUGA